GAUCCCCUGUCUCCCUCCAGCCGCCGGCUGAAUCGGUCGCUGCGUCCAUGCUCGCCUGCGGCUCAUCGAAGCCAUCGACUCGUGGCCCCUGCGUCCGUCCGUCCGUCCGCUCGUCCCAUGUGUGAUGCGCUCCCUGUCCUUAUUGACUGACGGCUGUUUUUAAUUCCAUCGAUUUCCCAUCGCUCCUCCUCCUCCUCCUCCCGGCGGGCGGGUGGGUGGGUCUGUGGCAGGAGGAGGUGCUGGGAGAUGUUCUCCUCCUCGUUGUCGGGCAGCAGGAGCGCAGUGUUCUCGCCCUGGUCCUCCAUGGAGCAGACGGACCCCGAGGUGCUGGACUUCAGCACCAAGGUGCAGGCCCAAGGGGUGCUCUGGAAGAGGCCUUUCGGACGGCCCUCUGCCAAGUGGUCCCGCAGGUUCUUCAUCAUCAAGGACAGCUUCCUGCUCUACUACGCAGAGAAUGAGAAGAAGAACUUUGAGACCAGUCGGUGCUUCAACAUCCACCCCAAGGGAGUGAUCCCGCUGGGCGGGUGCGUGGUGACGGCCAGCGAGGACCUGGGCAUGCCCUUCGCCAUCACGGUCGGGCUGGACGGCUUCACGGGUGCUGUGGUACUGGCCGCCGACUCUUCGCAGGAGCAGAACCAGUGGAUGGAGUUGCUGCAGGACUCUGGGAAAAUCACCUGGAAGAAUGCCCAGCUCGGGGAGGCCAUGAUCGAGAGCCUGGGGGCCCAGGGACUACAGCUGGCCAAGGAGAAGCAGGAGUACCUGGAUAAACUGAUGGAGGAGACAGAGGAGCUGAGUUACCAAAGGGCCCAGACGGAGGAGCUGGAGCGUCUGAACCAGGUUCUGGCGGAGGAAAAGAUGAAGUUUGAGGAGGUGGUCUCGGAGUUGAAGUCGGAGCAGGAGCAGAUUAAAAUGGACCUGGACGGAACGGCUCACUGCCUGAAAGGCGUGGAGACGGAGAAAGAAGAACUCAGCAGCUUGACGGUUUUACUGCAGCAGUCCAUUGAGGAGUUGUCUCAGGAGAAGCGCAGGACUCUGGAGCUCCUUGGCGUGAAGGUGGUGCCCCCCCGCCCGGAGCAGGAGGGCCCUGUGGGGGGGGAGGAGCAGGAGGUGGAGGAGGUGGAGGAGGACGGGGACCUGCUCCAGGACCUACGUCACAUCGAGGACCAGAUGAAGCUGCUGCUGAUGGAGAAGGACACGGCCGAGGCCAAGUGAGCAUGACUGGAGUUCU